GCUACACUCCGCUGUGAAAGAUGGCUGCGGUGGAGCGGGCUCAGGUCAGGGAAGGCUUCCGGAUAGUUGUUCUGUGUGUGUGCUGGUACACAGUCAGCUCAGGCGGCAACGUCAUCAACAAAAUCAUCCUCAAUGGAUUCCCAUACCCGGUCACGGUGUCUCUUUUUCAUAUUUUCUCAAUUGUUGUCUUCCUCCCGCCGUUGUUGCGAGCAUGGGGAGUCCCCAAAACAGAACUACCAAGAAGGUACUACUGGUGGUCCAUUCUUCCUUUAGCUUUCGGAAAAUACUUUGCAUCGGUGUCGGCUCACUUCAGCAUAUGGAAGGUACCGGUAUCCUACGCGCACACCGUCAAAGCGACAAUGCCAAUAUGGGUUGUGCUCUUGUCAAGAAUCAUCAUGAGGGAGAAGCAGACGACUAAGGUGUACAUAUCUCUCAUCCCCAUCAUCGGCGGAGUGCUGCUGGCCACAGUGACAGAGUUGUCCUUCGAUGUUUCGGGUCUCAUCAGUGCUCUGGCUGCCACGCUCUGCUUCUCCUUACAGAAUAUAUUCUCCAAAAAGGUGUUGCGUGACACUCGGAUCCACCACCUGCGGCUGCUCAACAUCUUGGGCUUCAAUGCUGUCAUAUUCAUGCUGCCCACCUGGGUGCUGGUGGACCUUUCUGUCUUUCUUGUCAAUGAUGAUCUGUGGGACAUGUCAGGAUGGACCAGAACUGUUAUACUGCUACUCAUCAGCGGCUUCUGCAACUUUGCGCAGAACGUCAUUGCCUUCAGCGUGCUUAACUUGGUCAGCCCGCUCAGCUACGCCGUGGCAAAUGCGACCAAGAGGAUCAUGGUUAUCAGCAUCUCACUGUUUAUGCUGCGUAACCCUGUGACGCUCACCAAUGUGCUGGGCAUGAUGACGGCCAUUGUCGGGGUCUUCCUCUACAACAAGGCCAAGUACGAUGCUAACCAAGAGAAGAAACUGCUGCCAAGCAGCAAACAGGAUCUGAUGUCCUUUAACAACCCAGCAUUACAAAAGCUUCAGGCCAAUGGGUCAGUGCCUUUCUCCCAAGGUUCACAGCCGCAGCAGCACAGUUGGAACAACGUGCUAACCGACCACUUCCAGUACAAUCACCAGACCUACACGUCAAACUACAACAGCAACCACCAAUACGUGGUGUAAAAGGGAAGUCUGGGUUGCUCUCAUAGACAUUAGUUUGUGUGUGUGUGUGUGUGUGUGUGUGUGUGUGUGUGUAGAUGCCAUCUCAGCAGCAGUACUUCACUGGUCUGCUCUAAACAUGAGACUUCAAGUUCAGUGCUGUGCGCUCCACACAGGAAGAGCAAGCGAGACGGGUCUGUCAUGAAAGCGCCAGUGACUUGACUUCUCCCAUGCUCCUUCUUGUCUAAACCUUGCUGUGUGAUCCUGUCGAUCACUUUGGUUCUGACUGAUCACACAGCGCUCAUUUACAGAUGGUUAGUCAUGGAGAAAGCCAUCGUUUCACAACACACGCACACCAUUUUGUAUUUUUUUGAUUCACUUUCGAAGGAAGUGAUGUCAACUGUGACCUCACACCGAAAGUCUGCCAUGUUUCACGGUUACCGAGCAGAAUUUAGUGGGAAAGCCUUAUUAAUGUUUCGAGUUUAGGCUUGUAUUCUUCUUCGCUAAGCUGGUGUCAAGGCAAGAGGAGGCAUAAACUGUUGAAAUUCUAGUUUAUCCGAACAGUCUAAUAGGUCAAACAUGAUCUAUUAGCCCACACACACCCACAGAAAGCGUGCCUGUCCUAUUAAAUUUGAAAUAAGUGUGAGACAAGUUCUGAUAGGCGGAACAGUCAGUGACCAUUCAUAUUUUCUUACAGGGCAGCAAAUAAAGCCAUCUGUUGUCAGCAUUAGGUAGAUAUCUAAAACAAUAAUUAAAAAAUUAAGGUUUACAAAGUGUGUAGAUUCUCAGUCAUCCAGAUCAUGGUGAUCUGCAAAGGUUGAAUCGAGGCAACUGGAUUCUUGUUUGUUUGAAGUGUGGCGUCUCCCUGUUUGCUGUAUGUCCCUGAGGGGUGGCCACAAUGGCGUUGUUAUCAGGUGUGCCGGGUGAAAAACCGUCCUGCGUCGCAAUAGGUCGUUCGGUUGCUUGGUAGCAAAACGGCUCGUCGGUGGUCACUCUUCCUGUGGAAUGAGACAAUAUUUCCUCCAAUCCUAAGAUGGGUCCCCCAAAGAUUGUCUCAGGAGUCUGAUGGUCUCUGAACUGAAGAAACCUUUUGGAUUAAAGGUAAGUCAGAAGAGUCCAGUUGCCUCAGAUUCGAUAACCACAUCAUGCAUCAACAGAUUCAAACUGCAAGGAUGUUCUUUUUUUUUAUCCCUCUUUCCAGAGAAUCCUACGUAGGAGGUGUACUCCAGUCAUGAAAAUGAAUCAUGCUAUGCUGCACCCAUUACCUGCAGUCUUAUCAAGUGAAGUAUUUUGAUAUCGGUCAUUGAUAUUUAUUUAUCAUCAAUGCUUUUUAGGCAGAGUGGGAUAUCCUGUCUCCUGUCAGGCCAAGUGUCAACCUGAGCCAAAGCUGCUCUGUCCUAUAUUUCUUUUGUGUGUGUGUCAUAGAGGCCCAUCUUGAGUUUGCACAUAUUGAAAGAACAACAUGUUCAAGUAAGAGUGCGCGCUGUAGUGGUGCAGUCCCAAUGUUCUAAUUUCAACAGCUAGUCUGAUGUAGUCACUGGAUAGACCUGUAAUGGAAUCAAAGGUUUGGUUUGUGCAAUAAUUGAUGGAAGUAGAAGGACAAGAUUGUCAUCGAUUACAUCGAUCGUGUAUUUAUUGAAAACCGACAAUGAACAUUUCAAAGCAGCGAUUUAAAGCAUGGUUCAAGUUUUUCUACUACUGUUUUUCAUUUACAUACUGUGUAUUUCAACAGUUUUUUUUGGAAUAUGCAUUGUCAUGUUGGUGGUGAGGGGACAAAAUAUUUCUGCAAGGAACUCAAAAUAUUGUUUAUUCACCAGUAGGGUUGGGCAUCGUUUGAAUUUGAGCGUUUCCGCUUCCGAUUCCUCGUUUCGAUUCCGGCUCCUAACGAUUCUCGAUUCUGAUUCUUUUGAGUUAGGGUCAUAAAAGUUUGCAUGGUUUAAAUGAGGGCGCUAACCAAAGUUCUUGGAUGAAAUGUCUGAAUGUCUCCAUGAUUGAUUUUAAAUUAUAUGAACUUUUUAUGAAUUACUUUACUAUGAAUUUCUCACAAGGCUAUUUUCAGCCUCUAUAUAAAUAUCAAACCAUUGAUCUUGAACAUAAAUGUUUUGAAGUCUCUUUACAUAGGAGUACAUGUUCAUUAUUUAUACUGUAUAUAUGUUUGGAAACCUGAUGAAAAGAACAAUUACACACAUCCUGUUGUUGAUGUAUUGGAGAGUGACUUAUGAUGCAGAAUAGACUAAAUCUUACUGAGUUCCUACUAACCUGCAUGCUGAAUAUCAAACAAGUACGGUGAAUGGAGCAACACUUAACGCGGGGUCUGGUCAACUUCCUGGCUGAAGGUAGCAUUAACGUCAGGUCGUUUUGUCUAUGAAAAAGUACACAGCCUUACGUUAGCUGGAGUUGGCCACCGUAUUCGCAGUAUAAAGUAGAAUUUAUUUGCUGCUUCAAUGUUGGCAGAUGAUCGACAUAAUUUAUUGUUUUACUUUCCUACCUGGUUGGUUGAAAGAAGUCUGGUGUAGCGUGUCAAAAACAGGGCACACUGUACACCGUGAAUCCGGAGGUGUUGAAUCAUGUUAGUGGUGUGGUGCACCCUCCUUUGCAUUUGAUGCCGUGGCACUGCACCGGCCAUUCUUUUUUUUUUUUUUUUUUUUUCAGAAUUUCAGCCAAACUUUUGAGCGCCGUCGCACACUCUGUCCAGCCAUCCAUUUUCGAUGCCACUAGGUUUGCACGCUAGGUUUGCAGGGGUAUGUUUGAGCCUAUCUGUCGCGCACUGGCCAUAGUUGAAAUGAAUGAAAACGAACUUCUUUGUUGGUGUUCUUCGGACAUUUUUUCCAGUCGGCGGAACUAGUCAAUCACCAAAAGUGGGAACCGAACUUGUAAAAAAUGAACGAAUCCGGGUGAAUCGGAACGUUAGUCCCGGUUCCCAUCGAUGCGCGAUGUCCAACUCUUUUCACCAGACAUGAUGGCUUCUUGUUACUUCUUUAUUAUAUUGUGUCGGUACCACUGCUGCAGUGUAUGGGUACAUAUUGGUAAAACACUCCACUCGAUACACAGGAUUUGAAUAAGUCAGUUUAUGUCUCAUAUGAUUCCUCUACCAUGGAAAAUUGUGUCAUAACCAUAGCCUGAAAGUGACAUAGUGCAGAAGCGAUAUCAAAAGUUCAGCCCUUACAAUGAUUUGCAUUGGUGUACAAUUGCACUUCAUGAUACAUUUCAAGUAUGAUGCCGUUUUUCAUAUUUUGUUUACCUUAUUGGCAACAUUACUACUGCAACAUACAGUAUAAUAAACGACGUUCAGCAUGAUGCAGUGCAGUAUACACCACAGUAAACUACAAUCACUAAAUCAAAAGAUUAAUAGCUCAUGCAUAAUGUUGUGGUCAGCGGUUGUACAACUGUUUGCACGAAAGGGAAGCAUCAAUCAACAAAAAUAGCCACACAGUAAGUUGAAUUGAAAGCUCUCAGAGACAAUGUGCUAAUUAUUUAAGUAUCAAGUGUGUUUAGUCAUACUCAUGUUAGAAAUCCCCGUAGGGCAUAUUUGCAAUCAACUAUUAAAAUAUGUAAAAGACAGGACAUGUUGAUUGUCAAGACAUGUUUUAUUUGGAAGGAAAUCAUGCAUUCAUUGUGGCCCACUAUGUAUGAGGACAUAAACUACUUGCAAAAACCUUGUUCUGUUGUGAAUUUUGCUGUUCAGCUACAUGCUGGAGAACAGGAAGUUGUGCAAAAGUAGUGAAACAUUGAACGGUUGGACGUGUGUAUUCAAAAGUUUAUAGAUCAAAUUGAAUUCUCCUGUCAGGGUUACAGUAUAGUCAUCUCAAAAGUCGAAUAUCUACCUUUUCUUGUGUAAUAGUGUAUCCUGUAGGUACUGUGCAUUUUGCUAUGUAAUUUCUCACACUGCAUUCAUUUGUCAGUAAAAAAAAAAAAAAAAAAUGCUUGUGGCACCAACUAAGAAAUGACACAUUGUAAGCGACGUGUUGGAUUGUAGUGUUUGCUCUUUCUCAUACUUGCUGAAGGUAGAAGCUUGUCAGGUUAAUUCUCAGCACUUUGCGUUGAUUCUUACUUGCUCAUAUCACGUUUUGUUCCUCGGUCGUGUUGCCAAAAGCAAAGUGUGCCACAGGGGUGGAAGCCUUGCCUUGUUGAACUUGAUGAUACUUUCUGAUUGUCGGGAUCAAGCUGGCUGUUUAUUUGAGUCCAGUGGACACUGCUAGAGAACUAAACUAAAACCAUCAGUUAUUUUGUGUGUGUGUGCGUGCGUGUGUGUGGGGUGGUGGAUUCACUGGGGUGUACAAUACAUGUCAAUAAGGAAGGGGUGAUAACUUUGUAACACAUUGUAUGAUUAUUAUUUUUGUGUGUCUUUAAGAAUUUUUACUCAAGUAAUGUUUAUAGAUUUUUAUUUAUGGUUGUCCUGGUACAAAAUAUUCAGCGCUGCAGCUACAAACAAUUGUCGCUGCCUAUGAUUUAGAAAAUGCUAUUUUUAAAUGUUGGAAAAAAAUAAAUACAAUACUG